AUGGGAGCUCAAUGGGUAUUUGUCGAGAAGCGGACGGCGGACGGCAAAUUCAUCAAAUUGAAGGCUAGGUACGUAGCAAAAGGCUAUGCUCAAAUAGCCGGUGUUGAAUUCCUCGAUACAUUCGCGCCUACGGCAACUUUUGUCUCCCUGCGUCUUCUACUGACGAUCGCAGCCAAAUGCAACUGGCCCGUUUAUUCUUUUGAUUUUGUAGCGGCCUACCUUCAUUUGCCGAUAGAUGAGGAGAUAUGGGUCAGGCCCCCGGAAGGCCUCAAUGUGCCGAAAGGGUACACGUGCAAACUCCAGAAAGCCCUCUAUGGCACGAAACAGGCUGCUAGAUGUUGGUGGAAACAUCUUCAAAAGAAACUCAAAGAUCUGGGUUAUACCCCCAGCCAGUUUGACAGCUCACUUUACAUCUUACAGCAUUCGUCGCAUAAGGGUGCGAUCUGGGUACACGUUGACGACGGUGUUGUUUUGGGUUCUAGUGACAAAAUACUCCGCCAGCUAGAGAAAGAUCUUCAGGAUUGUCUCGAGAUCAAAUGGCAAUCCGGGGUGGAGACGAUUGUGGGUGUUGAAGUCACAAGAGGUACAGGAAGUUUUUCUCUCCGUCAAAAGAAACUAAUUGACAAGAUACUUGAGGAUCAUUGGGAUAAAAAAUCCCUUGCCAAAACCCCUCUCCCUACUAAUUACAGUGCGGAAACAGAGAAUCCCGAUGGUGAUCCUACACAAUCGUCGGCGUAUCUCUCAGUGGUUGGCGGACUCAGCUAUCUGGCAGUUGGUACAAGACCUGACAUAGCAUUCGCGGUCAACUACAUGGCCAGAUUCAGUGCAUGUCCCGCUCCCGUCCACUGGAAAGCACUACGACAUGUUGUAAACUACCUGGCGAACACCAAAGACCGUUUCCUUCAGAUCAAUCCCCGGGAUUCGGACAAACCUCUCAAGUGCUAUAGCGACGCGGGUUGGGGCGUCACAAACAUCUCAAUCGAUUGUUUGGACGGCGAGUAUUGUUUGGAAAACAGUCAGCAUCAUCUCAUCAAUCAACAGGUCGGCGGAUCAAUCGCCUGGACACCGGUCGGCCAGCGAAUAUCAUUUGGACAUCUGUCAGAAUUAUCGUUAUUGAUUGUUAGGACGAUCAAUCGUUUGGACGGUGGAUCAAUCACUCGCACGCCAGAAUCACUUGCAAUCACCAACCGGUACCUUGACUCAAUUGUGGGGUUAACAGAUCAACCACUUAGACUGCUGCAAUUACAAGAUUGUUACUACUGUCAUCAGGUGAUCCCGAUCUGCUUAAGAACUUGGUUGGGACAUUUGAUGAUGGAAAAUAACAAGAAUGUGCCGCCAAAGAACUUUAUGAAGUCUCGGGCCCGAAAGAAGCGUCGGUUAAAUGACCGGCACUCAAUUGUUUCACUCGACAUCAUCGCUACCAGCUUCGAUGGUCAGCGUAUUAUAUGGUCAAUGCAACAGUGUAUAAAGCGCCACCUCUAUCCCGAGAUUAAUGCCAAGAACAAGUCCCCGCCACGCAAACCGACUGCAAAAGAACUCGCUCAUGCUCAUGCAAUUGUCGACGACUUUAUUCCUUUCACUCAUGGGAAAGUUAUCUUAAUUGACAGAGAUGCCGGGCAAGUUGUUGCUGUAAUAGAGUUCAUACCAAUUUCUGAGCUCACUGCCACCGAGAAGGCGGAAAUAAAUCGCAUUACAACUUUCCUUCACAAGUGGAAGAAGUUUGUCUAUCCAAUUGCAGCGGGACGUGGAUGGGGUGGUAGGAUGUGGGGUGUAGUAUGA